UCUCUAUUUCAGUUCCCCAAUACGCCUCAAGAAUGGCAGAACUUAUCCAAAGAUUUCGGGAUGUUGCAUGGCUUCUAUAACUGUGUAGGAUCGAUUGAUGGCAAACACAUUGCGAUUCAUAAACCGGAACACUCAGGAGCGUUAUAUUACAAUUACAAAGGGUUCUACAGUAUAGUGUUGUUAGCUGUAGCCAACGCGAGAAAAGAAUUUAUAAUGGUUGAUGCAGAUCCAGCACCGUUACCUGGAACUUCUGAUAAAUUUCCGUUCGUUUUUGUUGCCGACGAGGCUUUUGCUUUGGACGUCAAUGUUAUGAAACCUUAUGCCCUGAAAGCGCUUGACAAAAAUCGUCUAGUAUACAACGAAAAACUGUCAAGAGCCCGCGUUACAAUUGAAAACGCUUUCGGAAUCCUGGCUUCCAGAUUUGGAGUGUUCCAGAAGCCAAUAUAUUUGAGUCCUGAGAAGUCAGCAAUCGUAACAAUGGCAGCCUGUUAUUUGCACAACUUUUUGGCGCAGGAAAAUCCAGAUUAUUUUCAUAUCAAUUGCUGCGAAGAAUCCUGUGACAGAACCAUUCCAAGUGUAAAAAGCACAUUAAGCAGAAAUUCUACAACGAAUGCGAAAGAAAUAAGAGAAAAAUAUUGCAGUUACUUCAAUCACGCAGAUAAUAAAUAAAAAUAUUCUUUUUGUUCUUCAAUUAUAAAUCAAGCGAAUCUUCGCAUAUACACCAAAUGACAUUUCUAGAAAACUUAUUGAAAUGGUCCUAUGUGCAGU